AUCAGCUACCACGCGUCUUCUAGAAGUCUAGACGCAGUUCUGUCGACCGUUGUGCGUAUCUCUUCAUAGCGUACCGUGUCCGUGCACCAAAUGCGCGGAUUCAUCAAAUGCGCGCAUCAACAAGAACGCGUCAAACUUCACACCCAUUUUGCUCAACGCCACCAUGUCGCUCAAUCUAGCCCUUGCAGAGAUAGCUCAAUUAAGCCCCUAAGGCCACUACACAACGCAAAUUGCAUAAAAGAAAGCGUAUUCAAGCUGAGGGAAGCCUUGCAGUUGAAGAGGGCCAGUGGUUAACUGCUCUAAAGGAGUUUGGAGCGCGUAGUGAUGGAAAGAGGGGAAAGAAGCUGGUGCGCGCUGAAGGAGGUGAACCCUCCCAACGACGCUGUGGACAGUUUGUGGUGUUUU